AUGUCAGCCGCAAAGCCAUACUUCAUGACCAUGGUCAUCCUUCUGAUCCUGGCUGACAAGACUACAGGUGGCCUGUUCGGAUUCGGCAGAGGCAAGAGGCGAGUGCCCUGGAUUCCGUGUGAGCUCUACGGGGGCAUAUGCAGAAAUUCCUGCCAGAAAUAUGAGAUCCAGUAUUUAACCUGCCCAAAGAACAGAAAGUGCUGCCUCAAAUUCCCUGAGGGAAUGACCAGUUUCUAACUCUGUGAAGGAGUCUAACUUGCCCACCACAAAUGCUUCAAGCUACUCUCAAGUUCUAACAUCACCAACA